AUGGACGUAACACACAAUCGCAGCGUAAUCAGUGAUAAGAGAACUACUCCUUUGAAAGGCAAGGCCUCAGAUUUCAUCGUCAAUAUGGUGCUCAAGAAUGAGCGUAUUCUUCUUCGGGAACAACAACUGAAUCUACUUAACUAUGCUCUAUCUGGCUCAUACUACAGUUGCAGAGAUUUGGAUACUUGCGAGUGGCGCAAAAAUGUCAUGGAUAAGUUGGCUCAACAGGAGAAACAGAUCAGGAAGCAAAAUACCGAGAUUCUGUCACUCAAGUCCUGCAUAAGACGACUUGUGCUGGUUUGUACGGAGAUGAUUUCGCCGGGAUCGGAGAAAGAAGUCGGUGAUCUGCUAACAGAUGUGCUAAGCACGGUCACCACAGGAAGCACUCAUGGCUAUGGAACAUUUCGAAGAACACGUGCAACCGUCGCUGACUACCUCUACAUCAAGUGCGCUUACCAGUUCAUAUUUCAUGACAAUCCAUCCAUCUCUCUUCCGAGCAACUACUACCCCCACUACAUCUCCAUCUAG